AUCCGCGGCAGCAGUAGUAGGAACAAGAUGGUGACGACUAAUCGGUCGUUUUACAUGAGAAAAUCGCAAAAACACUCUUUUUCAAACAUAACGCAGAGCUUUUGAGCCGAAAAAAAUUAUCGGUAACCUCGCAGGAGCUCGACAAUUGACUGACAGCGCGGUAUCACCAGUGCUAUCGAUAACAAUGUGCCGUUUACGUUUAGAUAAGAAUAAGUGUCAAUGAUGUGCGGAUAAGUGGAUUUAUUUAUAUUUUGGUCGGGUAUUAUCAUGUCUGUACCAGCUGCAGGGAAACCCGGACCCACGUUGGGCUCCACGAAUGCGGUAUCCCUCAAACCCAUCGAGGUUCCCGAAGCUUUGCAGAGCGGGGAGAAAUUCAUCAAAUGGGAUGAGGAUUCUGGCGUUGGGACUCCGGUGACAUUGAGGGUAGAUCCUCAUGGAUUUUACCUCUACUGGGUCGACCAAAACCACGAAAUGGAUCUACUCGACAUUGCCAUCAUCCGUGAUACCCGAACUGGUCGAUAUGCUAAAAUACCAAAGGAUCCAAAAUUAAGACAGAUCGUCACUAUGGGCUCCCAAGAUACGCUCGAAGAAAAAACUGUUACCGUGUGCUGUGCCAAUGAUUUCGUAAAUAUAACGUUUAUUAAUUUCUGUUGUACAAAGAAGGACAUAGCCAGGCUGUGGACGGACUCUCUCAUUAGUUUGGCAUAUAAUUUGAACCAAAUUAACGGCACCACAAAAAUGUACUUAUUCAAAGCUUAUACGAAAUUACAGUUAAUCAGGGACAAGUCGGGGAGCAUACCUGUUAAAAAUUUGAUGAAGAUGUUUGCACAAAACAAGGACGACAAGAAAAGGAUAGAAUCGAUUUUAGCAAAUUUAGGGUUUCCGACUGGCAAAAAUGACACGAUCAAUCCGGAAACAUUCACAUUCGAGGUAUUUUUCGACUUCUACAUCAAACUCACCAAAAGGGCAGAAGUGGAAAGAGUAUUUGAUGAAAUAGUGCGCCCGCAGAAACUCAUGACAUCCAAUCAGUUCGUUGAUUUUCUGAACAAAAAACAACGGGAUCCUCGAUUAAACGAAAUUCUACAUCCAUACGCAGAUGCAGUCAAAGCGAAAGACGUUAUAUCUCUGUAUGAACCAAAUACAUACAAUGCUCAAAGGGGAUUCUUUUCCUUUGAAGGAUUUCUGAGGUAUCUUUUGUCCGAAGACAACAACAUAAUGGCUGCUACGAAAUUCGAUCUGGGACACGAUAUGGAUCAACCUCUCGCACAUUAUUUUAUCAAUUCAUCGCACAACACUUAUUUGACAGGUCACCAAUUGACAGGAAGAUCCAGCGCCGAAAUGUACAGGCAAUGCUUAUUGGCCGGUUGUAGGUGCGUCGAAUUGGAUUUCUGGAAUGGUCGAACUGAGGAACCUGUCAUCGUGCACGGCUAUACUUUCGUACCUGAAAUAUCCGCCAAAGAGGUGCUGGAAGCCAUUGCGGAGAGUGCUUUCAAGACGUCCGACUACCCCGUGGUGCUGUCUUUCGAAAAUCACUGCAAUCCGAGGCAACAGGCAAAAAUCGCAAAUUAUUGUCGAGAGAUUUUCGGUGAUAUGCUGCUAGAAACCCCAUUAGAAUCGUAUAAGUUAGAACCAGGAAAUCCUUUGCCACCUCCUUCGGUUCUGAAGAGGAAAAUCAUAAUUAAAAACAAGAAAAAACACCAUCACCAUCAUCACAAACGAACAGUGACUCCGUCACCUGAAGCUCAAACUGUUGAAAGUCCGGAUAACGCCGAAAUAGCCGAAAUCGCUGAUAUCGCAGAAAUUGUUGAAAACGUAGAAAAUUCUGAAACCGCCGAAAAUGCUGAUGAAGUCGUUGAGACUGUCAACGUAAAUAACGCAGAAAAUUCCGAAGUUACGGGUGCUGAUAAUGUUAAUAAUGACGCUAUUUUACCUAAACACGCUCCUCCUCUCGCACAAAUUAAACAGGGUUCAAAAGAAUCUACGGGUACCGAAGAUGAGGAUUCUUCGAGCGAGGAAGAUAACGUGGAGGCCGAUAUACCCGUCGAAAGCACGGAAGGCGAGAUCAAAGCUCCGGCUACCGAAACCGAGGCCGGAGCCGAAAUUUCCGCUCUAGUCAAUUACGUACAGCCAGUUCAUUUUUCUAGCUUCGAAAACGCCAAAAAAAAAAAUCGUAGCUACGAAAUGUCAUCGUUCGACGAGAAACAAGCGACGUCUUUGUUGAAAGAAUACCCCAUACAAUUUGUGAACUACAACAAACACCAAUUGAGUAGAGUGUAUCCGGCCGGCACUCGUUUCGACUCGUCCAACUUCAUGCCGCAGGUAUUUUGGAAUGCUGGAUGUCAAUUGGUUGCAUUGAAUUAUCAAACUCUGGAUUUGGCCAUGCAGUUGAAUCUCGGUAUUUUCGAAUACAAUUUCAGGUGCGGUUAUUUGUUGAAGCCGGAGUUCAUGCGUCGCACCGACAGAAGAUUUUACCCGUUUGCCGAGAGUACCGUUGACGGCAUCAUAGCCGGUACCGUGAAAAUAACUGUGAUAUCUGGACAAUUUUUGACUGACAAGAGAGUAGGGACUUAUGUUGAAGUAGAAAUGUACGGUUUGCCGGCGGAUACCGUCAGGAAACGGUUUAGGACGAAGGUGAUCGCUAACAACGGUGUCAAUCCGGUAUUCGAUGAGGAUCCGUUUGUAUUUAAAAAGGUUGUUUUACCAGAACUAGCAUCCAUACGAAUAGUAGCCUACGAAGAAUCCGGAAAAUUCAUCGGACAUCGAAUCCUUCCAGUGGUGGGUCUGUGCCCGGGUUACCGACAUGUCAAUUUACGAACGGAAAUAGGCCAACCUCUACCUCUCGCUACGCUCUUCCUAGAAAUCGUGGUUAAAGACUACGUUCCAGAUGGUUUAUCCGAUUUCGCCGAAGCCUUAGCGAACCCUAUCAAGUACCAGAGCGAUUUGGAGAAACGGGCUCAACAACUAGCCGUUUUGACGGACGAUAUGGAACCCACCGAUGGUACCGAAGAGCAGAAAAAGAGCAAUACUCUGACCAGAGUUAGCAGAGAUAUUACCACGAAUGGAAGUCCAAUACAGAGACCUUCAAUAACCAUCGGAAGCGUCUCGGUAGAAUCGACAACAGAAAACGAAGUACCCAUCAUCCCUGUAGCCAUUUCUUCUUCGACGACAGCGCCGUCAGAAAACAAUUCGUUCGCCAAACCGUCAGAAUUUAAAGAAGAAAAAAUUGAAGAGUUAAUUGCCGAACCUAUAGAAAAGAUUUUAGAAAACAAAUUGGUGAAAGAGAAACGGCUAGAAUUGGAUAAGAAACUAGAGACGUUGCGAAGGAAACACGAAAAGAAGAAGAUGUCUUUGAAUACGCAAAGAUCGAGCGAUUUUUCGGAGAAGAAAUCGAAAUUGGCGAACAUGAAGUUGGUGAAAAGGUUAUCCAGUAAAAAUAUUGUCAGCGCCGUUUUCUAUACGGAAUCAUCGAGCGCAGAACCGUUGACGAGCGUUGCGGACUGUCCGGAGGGCAGCGGAGCCGAAGGAGAGAUGAGGCCAUCGUUGCCCAGAAGUCAUUCGGAACGACUGUUGGCCAUUAACAAAGAGUUUGUUAUGCAGGAGAAGGAGCUCAGAGAAAAGUACCAUGAUGUUAUCUACAGUUUAGCCGAAAAAGUUAUGAAGACCUCACAAUCAAGUCAGAUAAAAACUUUAAAGGAUCAACAAGAAAAGGAAACGAACGAGCUGAUGAGGAAGCUGCAGGCCGAUCACAGGGAGGAGGUGAAAGCAUUGAAAGAGAAACAUCGGAACCGCGAGCAGUUCACUCGCGUGAAACGAGAGGCGGUCACCGCGGUGGUGGGGAGAGGUGUUUCGGAACGAGAAAAAUUAUCGCAGCUGUACGAAAAUCGAAAAGAAGAACUCCAGAGACAGCACGAAAACGUUAGAGAUUUGCUAUUGGAGCAAAAAGACAAGGCUAAAGCCGCUUUAUGCAAAGAAUUCGAAUUGCGCCUAUCGAACGUUGAAGGGGAAUCCAGCGCUGUCCAGUAGAGACUCCGAUAGCGACAAGAUUUGGUUAAACUCAGCGCGCGUCUCGUUUGCAAAUUUUGACGCGCAGCCUUUUCGACAUUUUGACGGAUUCCCGGCUAGGAAGAAGAAAAGUGCAAUAUUCCGAAUAUUGAAAAUAUUCAACUACUUACAUAUUUGUAUAAUGUCAAACAAACUAAACAAAAACGUUGCAGUCUUUGAUAAUCUUGACAAUCAAUCAAACAACCGUUUGGUAUCAUUUGGUAAAUAUUAUAGACAUAAAUUGUUAAAUAGAAUAGUUUGUCGUUAGAGGGAAGAUUGAACUUGACAGUUUGCCAGUUUACAGCACAGAACUAUAAAGCGCGAUGGAUUCAAAUUACCGAAUUUCUAUACUACAACGUUACGCGUUUAAGUUUAUCAACAAAACGUAUAUGGAUACUAUAAACAUAAGUUCUUUGUAUAGUAAAAGCUUUCUGUGAACUAAAAAAUGACUACUAAUUUAUUUAAUUAAUUUUCUCUUCUAUUUUCAUAAUAUGGCAAUAUCAUCAACUUUUUUUACAAAUUUGUUUUGAUGGGAGUUUGAGUUGUUUGCAUAAGUUUAUUUACUUUUAUUAUUGAAUUAAAAAACAAUUCAAAAAACGCAAAUACUACUUUUUCGCUCAGUGGCGCUAUAUUUUAACCGUAAUUUCUUUAAACAGUGUUUUAAACUUAAAAACUCUCGGCCUAACUUUAAUGUUUACAGUAUUUUGUUAAAGUUCCUCAAAAUACGUUGACCAUUUUAAUAAUUGACAGAUACGACGUUGACAUUUGACUUCUCCUUGAUUUAUAGUUCUGUGAUCGAUACGGUAACAUGACGCUUAUUAAUACGAGUGCCAGAUGGCAUUCUGGUCUGUAAAAUGACAUUUGACAAUCGAGUCAACUUCACUCGAAGCUCUAGUCUACAUAUUCGAUGUUUGUUGUUAAUUGUGAUAGUAGAGUUUAGAAACAUUUUAGGAAAACAAAGUGAUAAGAUGCUUCAGAAACAAUAUUAUAAAAAUAAAAACAAAAUAGUCAAACAAACACUUGUGCCAGUUAAUAUGAAUAUAUUUUUACAAAUGCUUCUUCGUUUUUGCUGAACCGAAAUACCUUUUCUCUGUGACUUUGUAUAUUUUGAUUUUGUUUUUUGUUUCGAAUAUUUCGGAAAGGGAAACAAUAUAGCCAAAAAAUGGGGUUUGUUAAUUUUUAAGUAUAUUUGACUGACAGUUAUUACUCAAAUCGACAUUUUUUUUCACAUUUUGGAUCCUCUGUGUUAUCACCUUAAUCCGUUUGUAGCGUGCAACCUGCAACGUUAUUGUGCCACAUUCACUCACUCAUUCACCGUCAUUUAUUAUACACAUGGUGGAACGUCUCCCAUCCACGACGUGACUGGAGACAUCCACCGCUUAACUGUUACGAGAACGUAGAUGCAAACUAAUCGAUAUUUAACUUUAAAAGAUAAUUGACAUUUAACAUAUUUUUAGAACAUUAAAUGGAUAUUAAAUAACCAAAUAGAACGUUGAAAAGUAUAAUGUGAUUUAUAUGCAGUUGUCGGUCAAAUUGACUUUAAAUAUCCUUUUGAGAAGUUAAAUUUACUUUUAAUUAUCCUUUUCCUAGAACAAUUUUCAAAACAAUUUUUUGUUUAAUUUUAUUAAAGCUGAAAAAUUAUAAAUGAUUAAAUUUUGAAAAAUUAAAUUGUAAAUAUAAAAAAAUUAAGAAAUGUUUUGAAAAGGAUAUUUUGUUUCCCGUUUUCAUGGGUGUACCAAAUGAAUAAAAAAAUUCAAAUUUUCUUGAGCUUUUUAACUAAGUGUAUAGUUAAAAGUAGAUGAUAGUGCAUCGUAAAUUUAGCCUGAACAUAUAUAAGUAUUUAAUGUUUGUAUAGACGACAAAAAACGUAUUAGAAAUAUUUAUACAAUAUCUUUAGGAUUUGACCAUCUAAAAGUGUUCAAGAAAAUUUGCUAUUUUUAAUUUUUGUAUAACUAUAGGUUUUCCUGUUAUUGUUACGGACAUUCUGUAGUCAAAGUUUAUAUUUUUACCGAGUUAUAUGCCUCGUUAAAGUCUACAAUUACUGGUGUAAAUACGUGUCAUAUGAACACGAAAUUUUUCAGCAUUUGUCCCAGUACAAAUAUCUGAUCUGAAUGUUUAAAAAAUAGUUACUAAAGAAAAAAUAUUAAUCUCAAGCUCCAUUACUCUACAGGAUGUUCAUACAAAAAAUAAUUCUAUAUUUUAUUCUUAUAUACCUCUCUAAAAAUAACUUACCCUACUCCUUACACAAAUAUUUAAAAAAUCCCCUCUACCUUAACUGUACUUAAUCACCUUACUGUGACUUUAUAUAGGUAUAAUUUGUUAAGUAUAUUUAAAAUGACGUUGCUGAAAGUGUUUGCUGCUAUAUUAUACAUUAUAACUGAUUGUUAAUUAGCAUAGAAUUGAUUAAAAUUAGUAAAAAAAAAACACUGGUAUCUCUAGAUGAACAGAAAUGGAGUAGGCGUUUUAGAACUGUACGUCAGAUAAUGAGGAAUCUUUUUGUGUUCUUUAAAAUUUUAACAAAAUUUCAAUUCAGGAAUAAUUCAAGUCCGUAUUUAAAAUUAUUAACCUGAGGACGGUGGGACAAAAGCGAAACGUUUUGUUUAGUUUAAAUAAAUAUUUUCAUUGACCCCUUUACGCCUGGUUUUUUUAACAUCGUUCCUGAGGGAGGCAUAAAACUAACUUGUAUAAGUUAGGGAGGGGAGCAGUGAACUUUUUUACGUUUCGUCACAAAGGUUCAGGGAUUUUUAUUUUGGAAUUAUAUGAGUCGUAUGAAAUAAAGAUUAUUUUAGGUAAAUGAAGAGAAGAUGAAACAUACGCAACUGAAAAUUCAAAUUAGAGGAAAUAAAAGAUCUGUUUCCAGUAACGACGAAAAGAAAAAUUUACAGGUUAUAUGUUGCUGCAAUGAAAAGUUUAACCGAAGACUUGGCGUGUCUGAGUUUGACUAUAGCUUCGGGAUUAAAUAAAUAUAUAGAUAGAUUUGAAAGGAGCUGAACAUUAUUUUUUGUCCUUGUCCACCGCGACCUAUUCAGAUUUAUUGUGAGACUUCGUUAUUUAGAGGGUGAUACUUGCUGAUUUAAUAUCUCUCUUUCAUAGUAUUCUAUGACUAAGUUUGGCCUGGAUCACUGUUGCGUGUUCUCAUAGUCUCAGCGAAAUUGUUGUUUUCCACUUGGAUUCAAAAAUGUUAUUUUCCAGUAACGACGGUAAGGAAAUGUUAUAAGUUGUAUGUUGCUGUAAAGAAACGUUUUUUCGAAGACUUGACGUGUCUCAGCUUACCUUGGACUUCGUGGUUAAUGAACUGCCCAAUGUGCCUCUCAUUAAAUUGUUUAUCUACUUUAGUUAAAAAAGCGCAGUUUUGCGUUUGGAACGGAAAUUUUGAAUAAAAUAGAGGAAUUAUUCAAUAAUGUAUGGAAACAAAAGUGUCCGAUUAAUUUAUUUCUGCCAAAACCAUACAAUUAUUUAAAAAACAAUGUUUAAAAUUUUACUAAGGCGAUAUAUUUUCAAACUACAAGAAGAUUCCUUUUAUCCUAUAUACAGUUAAUUGAAUUUACUUACCAUCCCUUAUAUUUCAACACAGUGAGUUUCAUAAAGCUAUGAUUAAGCCUCCAAUUCUCGAAUUUGAUUAAAAAUAGUUCCUCGCGUAUUUUUCUUGCUUGUAAAACCUUGACGCAAUAAACAUUGGAAGUUUAAUCAUUUAAUGAUAAAUUUCAAUGAACUCACUUUUGUUAACGUUAAUUUCAUUAAUUACUGAAAAUCACGGCCUAUUCUAUUUUUAAGAUAGUUUUUCUUAUCGUUGAUUAGAAUUAAGAGAAUACUGCCUACUACAAUUUGAUCCUGUUUUUUUUUUUCGGUUUACUCUUUGUUACUCCUCGUAUAUAUUGAAAAAUAGACUGAUAUUGUCUUUAGUGAACCAGAAUUUAAAAUGUAUUUAAAAGGAGGAGUCGGUUUCUUUUUGUAUUAUUCUGUACCCUAGAAAUAUAAGAAAUUCUCUUUGGAGAUUUUUGUAUAAAACAAUUUUUCAUAGCGUUGUCAUAAACGAUUGUAGCAGUGAAAUUAUUAAAAAAAUGAGGUUAGAUGAUAUAAAAAGAAAUUGGCUUUUCAAACAGAGUAGUUUGACUAUGUAAAUUAGAGGAAAAAAAUAAAUAUAUUCGAAGUAGACAAUUAGACAAGAAGAGUGUUCCUCUGUGUAAAAAAUCUUCACCGGUAAAACGUAUAAGUAUAUAACCAUUGUAUAUUUUUGUUGAUUUUUUAUUUUUACAGUCUAUUUUUCAUUUUGUUAUUUAUUUUUUUCGUUCUUGUACGUGUUAUGGAAUGAAAAAAAUAUUGUUUAGGUACCUAAUUGAGAAUAAAAAUGUCUGUUGAUUACUUAGUUUUAAAUAGUUUUUAGCAGUGGAAUAUUUGGAGACAAUAAUCUUUUCGCUAACUUUACAGGUUACCAGGGUGUUUCCAAAAUAUUUAAAUUAUUAAAUACGUUUCGAAAUUCCAUCUUUUCAGAUAUUAUUUUCUGUCUGUAUUGGCACAGGUGAAAACUUUAUUUUACUUUUGUUUUUUUAACCAAAACUCCUAUUCGCAUUUAUAUAGGUAUAAAUAUAAUUCAUCCAAUAUUAUUAUUUUUUUUUUUUAAACAAAAUUAUAGUGAAUUAUUUAUUUGUAUUUUUUGUUGUAUUCGGUUGUUUGCGAUAGAAAAAGACCAGUAAAUAAUAAUUAUCUAGACAGCACAAAUAGAUGUCCUUUCGAUAUGCAUUUUUGAAUGUCUGGACGUUCAAAAAUUAGUUUUUCUGGACUUCCGGUAACCAACAGACGUCCAGUAACAGUUACGUAUACAAAUGGCACACUUUUGACCAUUCAGAGGACGUCUCUUUCUGGUUUAUAUUCGAACACUGCAUAUUCACGCAAUGGUCGUUAAGUUAAACAAUGACCAAUGGACGUCCAUUGAACGUUUUUGAUAGAAUACUGGACAUUUAAAAAUGUCCCCUCUUUCUGGAUUAUAUAGAGAAAGUAAAAGUUGAAAAGUCUUUUGGUAGGUAGAGAGGGGGUAAACGUCAAACCACGUCGGGCGGCUCCGAGAAUUUCACAGUAAUGUUUACCUGCCAGUGUCGUUUCAUAGAAUAAGUAACUUUAAAUUGUUAUCGGCGGAACCGGACAAUCGCAUGUAUUUAUGGAUUAUAAAUAAUUAUUAAACAUGUAUUAUAAUAUUCAAAUUAUAAUUUUACAAAAUUUCAACAGCUAUUCACAAUUUAUUAAAAUAUUUACUCGAAAUUGUUAUUAACAUCUAUAAAAUAAUUUUGUACGCCAAUGUAUCGCGUCCACUUCGGUGAGAUCCGCUGACAACCUGUCAAUUUAUGUGUAUAAAGUGGGAGAACUGGCAAAAGCAUUUCCAACUUUUACUUCUGUUCUAGUCCAUUACAUUACUUAAGAUCACCACUGUUUUUACACAACCGCAACUCACCACACACUAUUUUAGAUUAUUAAUGUAUUUAUUAUUUUCGCAACCCGCCAUACACCAUUAUUUUUUUAUUAAAUUAAAACGCGCUUGAGCGGAAAUCGAACGUAUGACACGUCCGUUAACGUUCUACAACUUCAGUCGCUAUACGACCUCGACAAUUGAGACACAACAAUUUGUUACCAGAUAUGAUUCUUAUUAUAAGAUUUGAAACCUUCGUUGAUUGAAUUAAUUACAAUAGAUUCAAUUUUUAACGACCAAUUUUAUAAAAAAAGAGUGUAUAAUUAAGAAUUAUCUGCUACGUUAAAUAAAUAUUCUAAGAUGGACGUCCAUUGGACGUUAACAUACUCAGAGAUAAGGGACAUACAGAUAGCAAACGCUCAUAAGAAGCACAUGCUUAAAAACAACUAGCUUUAACAUAUAAAUAUCGAUUUAACUUGUAACGUGAUACUUGAUAUUUUAUUUUUUUGUUAUAGUGUUUUAAGCUCAAUUGAUUUUGGGAGUGGGUCAAGUUAUUAAAUAACUCGAAUUACCUUGAAAAAGAAGUUGGGCACCACUAUAUUUAAAACUUACUAUACUUGACUAUAGAUUAGUGAUAAAAAUAUAGAAAAUCACUAACCAUUAAGAUAUUAUAUUUAAACCAAGUUUUAGAUAAGGUAGUAACAAAUUCUAAUUCACAGAGAUUUACUUAAUUCAAAUUUAGAUGAUUUAUUUAAAAAACAACGUAUCUGUUGUAACAGGAGGUAGUUAGAUUAGGAGUGUAAUUGCACGGUAUACUAGGCCUUCUUCAAAGGGAUUCUUAUUCUUAAUUCUGGACUUAAACAAUCUUCUAUAGGUAAACUAAACCUCGGUCUUCAGAUGGCACCAUACUCUUAGGUAUAAACUUCUUGAUAUAAACCGUUUAGAUACAAAUCUCCAUAAACUGUUUGAGAUAUAACUUGAAAUAAACCAAAAUAGAUAUAGCCAUGCCCACAAAAUCAGACGGAAUAUACGAUAGAUAAAAAUUACUUAGUACAUCGGAUGACCCAGAUAUUUUGAAAUGAAUGUGAUCUGUUUGAUAUAUUCGAAUCAAGUCAAAUAUGAACUUUUGACACAAGGAAUAAACGAAAAAUUACAUUUGAGUAGAGAUGUUUGUGUCAAAAUAACGAAAACAAUUCCAACCGUUACAAACUUUAGUGUAGGUAAAUAAAUUUAAACAAUGUAAAUUACGCUAAAUUAUUUAUUAAAAAGAAUACUACACUUACAGUCUAUUAUCAUGACAAAUAUUUUUUAAUUUUUAAUUUUUGUAACUUUAACAUAACAUUUUUGUUCUUAUUUUCCACACAACUGGCUAUUGGUAUUUCAUUUUUAAAAAUUUUGACUGCAAACUCGAUAUUGGGAAUUCAGAUAUUUUUCUUCCUAUAACAAAUAUUCUCUUUAACGUUUUGAAACCAUUUUCUUACUCUAAAACAAUAAAUAAUAAAUAAAUACUUUGUGACAAAAGUUGGCUACUGUUUGUUACUUACAUGGCUAGAUCUAACUUUAGUAAGGGAACGCUGUAUUGGAGUUGUUAAAUUUAUUUAUCUGGCACACGAUCUGGCAUGUAUGAGUAAUGCAAUACGUGCUCGAACUCAGUGUAAUAUUACAAAAUAUAAUUAAUGUCUUCAAAUUCACGCAAAAACAACCACAACCAUUUCGCUUAGUUCACCUUACAAUAUAAACAAUUCUUGAACCCAAAAUUUAAAAUUUAUUCUACGAUAUACAUUCAAUUAAUUGAUUUUUACAAACUGUCAACUGCUGUUCACGUUGCAAACGACGUCUACCUUUAGAGACCUUCUGAGACGCAUAGAUGACAUCAUCGUUGCUGCUGUCGUGUUUCACAUACUUCGAUAGGUAUGUGUUGCGUUUCCUAUCUUUAUGUCCCUGAUCUGUGAAUAUACUAUUUCACUUAAAAACGUCCACUGGGUAUCAAUAUGCAAUUGUUAAAUUAAUGUUCAUAAACCACUGAUCUGUAUUAUUUUACUGGAUAGGAUGUAGGCUAUAUUUAACAUACUAACAAAUCGUUCCACCAAGGAGACCGGAAGUGCAACAAUGCUGGCCGAUUUGGGCAAAUUAUAGUGGGUUCACAGAACUGAAAUUUGGGAUAAUUUGACAUACCUAACCUAUAAUUUGAUUAGUUUUUCUUCUUAUUCUUCUUCUAUUCCUUUUGCGGGCGAUGUCCUUCGGGAAAUUUCACUCAUGAUUUGAUUUUUUAUGAAAGAAAAUAUAAAAAUGGAAACGUGAAGCAUAUUGUGUCUUUAGGAAUGAACGUUUAUUGUUUAUUUCUUACUCUUUUUACUUUGUUUUCCACAAUAAAAACAUCUCAUCGUAGCUUGUUGACACAAUUUAAUGACAAAUGUGAUGACAAAUGGAAAUAUAUUAUUUACCCAAAUCGGCCAAUUUUUCGGAACGUUUUUUAGGGGGCUAUAUCCUAUCCAGUAAAAUAAUACAGAUCAGUGUCAUAAACGGAUGUAUAUUGGACGUUUAAAUACGGCUAUGGACGUUCUUCAGUGGGAUUCUCUAUUUUAGAUACGUCUCGUAUCGGAACGCCUAUCUUCGUUCGACAGACUGCGAUUCUAUAUGUUCGAUAUGUAUCAUGUCCCCUGUUCUGAUCCUUAAAAAUAUCUAAAAUGGACGUCCUAUUUGUGAUGUCUGGGUAUAAGCACAACUGGAAAUGUUAUUAGUUGUUUAUACAUAACUGCUCAUCAGACAGACACAUUUUUUUAUAAAAAUAGAUAACUGAAUGUUAGUCAAAAAUAGACGAACCAUCUGUACAAAGAAACACGUUUAAACAAUUUAUGUUAUAUGUAGGGUGACUACGGGUAGCAGAUUGUUGAUAACUUGAAACAGAACGUUACUAUCUUUGUAAUUAUGUAUGUUCUUUAUUAAAUGUAUAAUAUACAAAUAAGGUGACUUUAAAUAGAGAACGAUCGGCAAAAAUCACAAAAGUUAGUGUUUUGUAACAACGUUUUUAGUGAGGUUAUUAAGAGGCUUGGGCGAUUAUCAAAAUGAAUAAUCGAAAUAACCGAUUAUUCGAAAAUAAUCGAUUGAUCGAAGAUAAUAUAUUAAUCGAAAAUAAUCGAUUAAUCGAAUAAAUAAAAAAAACGGUAAUCGGAAAUAUUCGAUUAAUCGAAAGCAAUCGAUUUUUGAUAUUUAAAAUAACUUCAAUUAUUUUUCCCACCCCUGGUUAUUCAUCAGCCAUGUCUGUUUUUAUUUUCGAGUUCGAGAUUUGAGUUAUUUUGGGUGUUUACUUAAAAAUGGCAAAAAUUAAUAUUUAUUACUUACCUUUUUAGUCUUAAAUACUCUACAAGUUAAUAUAGAUCCUUUAGAAUCUUCAAAUCAAUCAACAACAGUUCGAAAACUAACAUUAAAAAAUCAGGUUAACAAGCUUUGUUAUUUUUGGCAAUCGUUGAAUUGCGUAUUAAUCGUCAUUUUAUAAUUCAUGGUUGCAUACUUUCAUUGUCUUGUUUUUGGUAUUAUUCCAGAUUCUUUCAGUGGCUAAAGAUUUGGCAUCAAUAAAACACAACUAUCUCGCUAUUUCUUAAGAGUCAAUGACCUGUUGUUACAUUGUGCCUCAUUUCACACUCCCAUUUCACCUCUACUCAGAUCUUUACAAGAAGCAAAAAAUUGUAAUAUCAAAAUAUACCUGUACGUCUUACUUAUUAAAUCUCUCUCAUAAAUAUAAUGACCGGUCAAAGUUAUGUCGUUAAUAAAUAUUAAAAAUAACGCAGUCCUAAGACGGAAUCCUGAGGAUUGCCACCAUUAAUUCAACCUUUUUCUAGUUUCUGUCAAUAUGACUAAGCUGUUUUCUGCCUGUAGUCGCCUUAAAAAAAUUAAUUAUUGUUAUUUUGUAUGUUGAAAAUUUUUAUUAAUAUAAUUACUAUUAGUUACAGAUAUUUAUCUAACUCAUUAAUAUUUAAGAAUCUAUUUCGUUAGUUCUCUCUCUAGUCACUCACAUCAAAUACAUUUACUUAACAUGGUUGUUUUUUAUUUGUUAAUUAUUAUUACCGUUUUUCUAUAAUUAGUAAUUAAAUUGAUUGACAGACAAUGAGAUUUUUAAAGUUGUCAUUUGUCAUUUGUUUUUGUGAACGCUACUUGUUAGAAUCUUGCCAAUUAGAGAUUAUGAUUAUUUUGAAGCAUAAAAAGAGACUUGACAGUGGUUUACGGAGAGAUAACUUCUUUUUAGAACGUGUAAAGAACAUUAUUUCAUCUAAUGAAAAACUUAUGGUGUAAACGAUAAAAACCUCCAAUUAAGCGAUUUUUUAACUUGUUCGGGGCAAGUAGUUGAAAUCAAAAUACCUACAUUACCUGUAUAUUAUUUCUUAAUUAGUACUAAAAGUAUGCUGUCUAAUUCAAUUUUUGAUUUGGUUAAAGUUUUUUUGAGUCUGACUUGAUCUCUAUUUUAAUUAUUAUACUCUAAAGUUAUACUAGGUGUCUGAGAUCCAGCAACCAUAUAGGUUAUUUGAAACCAACUAGUUACAGUUGUUAGCAUACUUUAACAUCGAUUUAACUAUGAAAUAACCUGAACAAAUUUUCAAAAUUAUGUAUGUUGUAUUACGGUGUAUGUUGCUUGAAAGGAAAAUUAAAUUUCAAACUAUUGUUUCGAGAUAACUUUAUAAAAAGAAAAAGUUAAAAAAAUGCUUAUAUGGAGAAUUUUUUUCGUUCGUUAACAUAUGUUACAUUCCAACGUACGUAGAUUUAAUUUAAAGUCUCGAAUUUUAUAUUUUUCCAACUUGUGCCUUUUAACCAAUAAUUUUACUUGUACACUGUUCUUAUUCGUCAAGUCAUGUAUUAAAUGUGUUUACUAUAAUGUUUAUGUCUAAAUAGAUUUAUGUGCUA